UCAGUAACCAAACACACUAAUCAAUAUUGGCUUUAAUCUACAAUUGCCACGAAUGCGGAACUGAUCUCAACCGUCCAUAUGUACCCAUCGGAAGUCUCGUUCUGGACGGUUUCUUUUCAUGUCUUUUCUACUUCCAAUCAAUUAUAUUUAGUUUGCAAUUAUCAAAUUAAAAAAAAAACAUUUAGAUUUUAAUUAAUUUCUUAACUCGUUUGCCACGUGCCCUAGUAUAUAUUAUUAAAAUACAAAAAUUAUAUCUUAUAUAUCCUAAUACGAUUAUUAUUAUUAUUAAUUACAGUUAAUGAGUUAGUUAUAUCUUUUACAAAAAUUUUGCAUAAAAAAGAUUACAUCUAAUCCUAGUGUGAUUAUAAGAAAAGGGAUAUUAUUACUAUAUAUAUAAGUAUACAAUAACGUUUUCAAUCUCAUUCUCAUUUUAGUAUCAGUCGAAUUUAUUCUCCACCAUAUCUCUCUUAAUCUGUCUUCUUUGGUGUAUAGUCAAAACUCAUCAUUCUCAUCUUUCUAUAUAUCCUCAAAAUGGCUCAGGUUGAUCAGGUUGAGGUUCCUACCCAAAAUGGUGUGACAAUGACAUCUUUAUAUGUCGGCGAUCUUGAUGCCUCCAUCAACGAAGCCGAUCUUUUUGAGAUAUUUAGCCCAAUGGGUUACGUCGUUUCAGUCCGGGUCUGCAGGGAUCUGAUCUCACAUCUGUCCCUUGGUUAUGGUUAUGUGAAUUUCAGUAAUCCUCAAGAAGCUUCUCGGGCAUUGAAUUUGAUGAAUUUUUCUACUGUUAAUGGUAAGUCAAUUAGGAUAAUGUAUUCUUAUCGGGACCCGAAUAUUCGAAAGAGUGGAAUUGCAAAUAUAUUUGUUAAAAACUUGGAUAAAGGAAUUGACAGCAAAGCUUUACACGAAACAUUUUCAAUAUUUGGUAACAUUUUAUCUUGCAAAAUUGCAACUGAUGAUGUUUCGGGUCAAUCUAAAGGAUAUGGUUUUGUUCAAUUUGAUAGUAAAGAGGCUGCUCAAAGUGCAAUUGAGAAGCUCAAUGGCAUGCUACUUAAUGACAAACAAGUUUUUGUUGGACCCUUUAUUCGCAAAGAGAAAAGAAAAUUGGGUGCUGAGCAGAAUGUUGACAAAAACAAAGGAAUGAAUCUAUAUGUUAAAAAUCUAGAUGAUAGUGUUACUGAUGAAAAAUUGAAAGAAUUGUUCUUUGAGUUUGGUACAAUUACUUCAUGCAAGGUCAUGCGUAAACCUAAUGGUGUUAGCAUGGGAUUUGGAUUUGUUGCUUUAUCGACUGUUGAGGAAGCAUCCCGAGCUCUUGUGGAGAUGAACUGUAAAAUGGUCGUUAGCAAACCACUGUAUGUAGCACUUGCACAACGCAAAGAGGAUAGAAGAGCAAGGUUGCAGGCACAAUUCUCUCAAAUGCGUCCACCAACAAUGGUGCCACCAGUUAACCCCUGUAUGCCUAUGAUUCCUCCCCAACUCGGGUUUGGGUACCAACAACAGUUACUUCCUGGGGUGAGGCCAAACUUUUAUAUGCCCAUUGUCCAACCACACCCUUCAUUUGUGCAGCCGCAGAUGCUUCCUAGGGGGCGUGGUUUCCACCGUUUCCCACCUGGUCGUAACAUGCCUGGCCGAUCUUUCUAUUGA